AUGCCUCUCUCACCGCAGGUUGCACAAGAAAUCAGAAGCAUCGUCGAUGAUGCUGUUCUCGACCCUAACCACGUUCCCGGAACGACUGUAGUAGUCGUCGACCGCAGCGGCACCGAGCACAUCGCACACUCUGCGGGGAAGCGCGGAAUAUCAUCCAACGAGCCAAUGACCAUGGAAACUGUAUACUGGAUGGCGUCCUGCACAAAAAUGAUCGUGGGGAUCGCAUGUAUGCAGCUGGUAGAGAGGGAUCUCCUCAAGCUGGAUGACUCUGACCACCUGGAGAAGUUGUGCCCGGAACUAGCUGACGUCAAGGUCCUGAGUGUAGAGGGGAAGCUUGUGGAGAAGAAACGAGGGAUCACUCUUCGCAUGUUGCUGACACAUACGUCCGGGUUUGGAUACGCAUUCUUGAACGAGCGAUUGCGAAACUGGAGUCUCCCUGCUGGGAUAGACGAGUUUUCGGGAAGCAUCCAAGACAUGAAGCAACCGUUGGUAUUCCAACCAGGAGAAUCAUGGGAGUAUGGUAUCGGCAUCGACUGGGCCGGCAUUGCUCUGGAGCGGGCUUCCAACACGAAGCUCAACGAUUAUAUCCAGGUCAACGUUUGUCAGCCGCUCAACUUGCGUAGCGUCAACAUGGUUCCGACCCUGGAGAUGAAGAAGGGAUUGGCUUAUAUGCACUCCAGAGAGCGUGGAGGCAACAUCGUCGCUCGGAAACACCCUCUUCAUCUUCCGCUGGUUGUUGAGUCGGAAUUGGAGAACCACGCUUGCUUUAAAAGUGGUGGCGCUGGAAUAUUUGCAAAACCUCGAGAAUACACCCGCAUAUUAGCGGUCUUUUUGCACGACGGCACCUGUCCGCUCACGAAAGCUCGAAUCUUAAAGAAAGAAACGGUUGACGAGAUGUUCACGGACCAGAUUCCGGAUGUUCCUGGCUCUGCCGAGGACGGGGUUCAAGACGCCAAGACCAAGUUGGGCAACAUGCUUCCUGAGCUCUCUGGAGUUCUCGGUGGCUCGCCCCGAGGAUGGGGCUUGACGUUUAUGAUCUCAGGCGGCAAGACUGGGCGAUCGAAUGGAACCGCCUGGUGGGUGGGGCUGCCGAAUUUAUUCUGGUGGUGUGACAGAGAGAACGGUGUUGCUGGGAUGAUCUGUUCUCACAUUUUGCCGUUUGGCGAUCGAGCAGUUGUCGAACUUUGGUCUCAAGUAGAAACCACGGUCUAUGGGGGACUUCGUGCUACGACCAAGGAUGGACUUCCGUUGUGA